ACGUAGUAAACACAAGUGGUUUUUUUGGUUUUCGCUAUCGGCCCCAGUGGUUAGGACAGUACUGCCUUAUAUGUCGAUGUGUGGUUGAGGGCGGUUCAACUCUCUCCUCUCUGCCCACAACGCCCUCUGCGAUUGCUGAUACACGAUGUUUGAUCGACUUAAGUUUUCUAACAGAGGACACUCUCCUGCGCCUCCCGGUGGCUCUUCGCGACCCUCGACCUCUGUUCCCAGCCUUCAGAUCACUACUCCUCCCACUGAAAGCGUUGCAACAACUAGCACAGAUCGCAGUGGAUCUGAUAGACCCCGUCUUAAGCCUCUUACUACAACUGGCGGUAGUUCUCGAGGCCGGAAGCGGUGGUUUGUUCGGCACACUCUAGCUAAGCUGUUGAGCAGAAGUCCCAGUCCCGAUCCCAAUCAUAUCGACCAAUCGAAGCCCUCCGAUCACAGACAAUCUUCCCCCUCUACGCCCGACCCACCACCCUCUAAUCGAUCGUCAUCUCCCGUUCUCCCUUCGGGGGCCAUUGAUAUCCCUCACAUGAUGCCCCACGAGCACAUCAUCCAUGGCAACAUUGAGACACCCCCAAAACGCACAGGUGUGGACUUAGAUGCCCCAUCCUCGAUAGAUCGGACGCCGUCAUCUUCGGCUGUCCCUGCUGGUGACGGAAAGAAAACAAUCAUCGCCGCCACAAAGCUCAUUCUUCAAACCGCCGCCUCUGCCCUUAAGUUCGUCCCUAUCCCAAACCUCGAUCAGAUACCAAGUAUACUCCUGGCAUGGCUCCAAGUUUACGAGACGAUUGACAACAAUGACGAAAAUCUCAAGGGAUUGGACGAUGAGGUUCGAAAGGCUCAUGAAACGAUCUUUAGGCCUCUCCAGUUGUGGACUGGCCAAGUUCCUCUCGAAAUAAGUGAUCUGAUUCAACGAUUUAACUAGCCCUAAAACAACAAUUAAAGCAAAUAGAGGCACUCAAACAUCAAAAGCUUUCCAAGAGGGUAAUUUUAGUGACUGAGAUAACCCAGGAAAUAAGCGCCGUACAGUCGUGCAUUCGUGAUGCUAUCUCCCGCUUUUCGACUGCUGCGACAACUCUAAAUCUCCUUCACACAAUUCGGUUAUCGGU